AGAGGGAGGGACCGGCGAGGGGGAGGAGGCGACAGGAGGCGCCUCCGCUUAAGGGAGCCGGCCGGGCGCCGCCGCUCGGACGGACGCGCGAACGGAAGGAAGGAGCGGGGCCGUCGGCCGCCGGCCCGGGGAUGCGAGCGGCCGCAGGGAACGGAAAGAAUGUCGGAGCUGGCCGCGGAUGACGUCAGGGGGGAGUCGCGCCGCGCGGCGGGCGGAGUAGCGGCCGCCGGGCAGCACCAGCUUCAGCCUCCGCAGCCCCAGCAGGCGGCGCCCACGGCCAGAGGACGGCGGCCCCGGGGCUGCCUCUAGCUCGGCCGCCGCCAUGGCGACGCUGUGGGAGCGCAGGCCCCUGCCCAGCCCCGAAGCGAUGCUGGGACAGCCGUGGAAUCUGUGGGUCGAAGCUUCCAAACUUCCAGGGAAGGACGGGACCGAAUUGGACGAAAGUUUGAAGGAGUUUGGGAAAAACCGCGAAGUCAUGGGGCUCUGUCGGGAAGGGUCUGCAGUAAAGGAACCCUGGGAUCCAGACAGGCACUCCCACAUCAGGCUUCUUUCCCGCUUUGAAGCUCCAUGGAUAUUCUAGUCAAACUGCAUGCAGCCUAUGGUGAAACGCUUAAGUACUGCCCGUGGCUUUUUACAUUGCUAAAUGGGUGGAAGAAAAGCUCCAAGAUGACUUCAUGACAUGGGAAAAUUAUGUAAAUUUCUAAUACCAGUUAUCUCUAAGGAAAAUUUUGUUGGAAGACAGCCACAGUCACUCCAGAAUGUACACAGCUCAUGUCUGUGGUUGCUUU